AUGGACGCCUCUGAUCUUCAACGACGAGUGCGCGAGGAAGCAAGAAAUAACUUGGAAGCUUUCGUUUAUCGCGUACGAGAUUUGAUUGAAAAUAAUGAAGUAAUACUAGUUAGUACGGACAAUCAACGCGCUGAAUUAUCAUCAAAGUUGUCUGAAACAUCUGAUUGGUUAUAUGAAGAAGGCGAAAAAGCUGAAACCGAUGAGUUCAGAUUGCGUCUCACGAAUCUCAAGUUACUUGAACAACCUAUUGCAUUUCGACGAGAAGAGCGCGACAAACUUCCAGGGGCAAUCUUUACAAUCAAAACUGCUAUCAACAGCACUCGUGCUUUUGUUGAGGAAAUCAAAACGAACACUACAGCCGAAAAUCGUUAUUACACAGACGAAGAACUUAACAAAUUAUUAAAUAUAGUUGGGAAAGUUGAAGAGUGGCUUAAUGAAAAAUUAGUUUUACAAGAAAAAACACCACCUCACGUUGAUCCAGUUUUGACUAGUACAGAUAUUGAAAAAAAAUUAAAUGAAAUGGAACGCGAAUUUUUACACUUGGUUUCCAAAAAACCUAAGAAAGUUAAAGCUAAAACUAAAACUAAAGAAACUGAGCAACCAAAAUCCAAACACGAAGAAUUGUAA